CGAGUGACUGCUGGAAAAAUCAUUACAGAUGUUAUACGAUGCGCAUUUGUCAGCAUAUGACUCCAAGACAUAUGUGAUUUAUUAUUUAAUGACGAUAUUACUUUAUAAUAAUAUUGAUUUAUAAUCAAAAUUAUUAAGAAUAUUGUCAAUGAUUUCCUUAAUAUUUCAGCUUUUGUUACUAAUUCAUGUCUUCAGACCAUCUCAGCCAUAUUGUAAUAUUAAUAAGGAGAAAUCCAAGUUGAGUUGUCAUGAUAUAAAUACCAUACUUGAUUACCAUAACGAAUGUAGAGACAAGGUGGCAGGUGGAAGAACUAAGCUAGAGGAAGGAAGCGACAUAUGGGUUCUUAAAUGGGAUGAAGAAUUGGCCAAAGUGGCCCAGGAUUAUGCAAAUAAAUGCACUAUGACACACAAUCUCGAAAGACCUAAAGCCACUGGAGAAAAUCUUGCUUGGUUUGCUACAUCUCAAAAUAAGAGGUGUGACGUGAAAGACUUAAUUAAAAUGUGGUACGACGAAAUAAAUAAUUAUAAACCGGAUGUUUCUAUAACUUAUCUACUGACAGGACACUUUACUCAGAUGAUUUGGGCAGACACGAAAUACAUUGGUUGUGGAGUUGUUUUUUAUGAAGAUGGUACUAGCUCAAAAACUCCAUAUCAGACCAUGUUGGUGUGCAACUAUCAACCACCUGGUAACUACGUAGGCGAAAUACCGUACAAGAUGUAUGAAGGUAAAAGAUGUACCAGAGGUGUUCAAUCUACCAAAUAUAACAACCUAUGCGCCCACGAUGAGAUGCAUGCCAAUGGAACAUAUAGCCCUCCAUGUCCGCAUUUAGCCCAUAGUAAUAGCUUCAAGAUACAACCUACGGCAAUAUUAUUACUUAUUUUCUUGAUAUUAGCAUUAUAAUUUUUAGGUAAUAUGUAAAUAAAUCUGUUAACAA